AUGACCGACCACCGUUCCGAAGCCCUACUCCUCAAGCACUACCGUCUCGACAGUGCCUUCCCUGAGGCUUGGUCUGACCCCAUUGAAGACCUUCAAAUCGCCCAACGAAAGCAAUUCCGCGCCUCCACAACCCGCUACAGUAUCCUCCAAGAAGAGGGCAUCUCCGCCUCCUUCACCCGCCCCGAUGCAGACAGCGGUUUCGUACCAGAAGAUGAGCCAGAUCCACUUGGUAGCACCUCGAGCGUGGUGCGACUCUUGCGUGAUAGGGGACUUCCUUUAGAGGAGAACACACGGCUGCGUAACCGUUAUCUCAUUAGCAGUAAGACCUUUAGUCCAACGGCGUUUCUGAGAGAUGUGCACGCGACGACGCCCUCGUCGGAGCUGCAGCGAGGGUUGAAUCUUUUGUCAGGAUCUAUUGCACAAAAGUCCGGGAGUCUCAAACUGCUGGUCGAAAGUAAUUUCGAUCGGUUUGUGGCAGCAAAGGGAACCAUUGAGGGUGUGUAUAAGGAGAUGAAGGCGAAUAGCUUUCUGGACAAAGACAAAGAGAGCGAGUACGGGGUGGGAAAAAUUAGAAGCUACCUUAAUGAGGCUGAGGCGAAGGCCGAUGAUGUCUUUGGCCCCGUUAUGAAGGGGCGUGGGCGGGAAGAGGAGCUCCGCACGUUACUGAGUGUGGUGGAGCGCCAUCGCGACAUUCUGGAGAUUCCAGGGCUUUUGAAUGAUUGUAUCAAAAGAAAGGAUUACGAGAGCCUGAUUGACGAGUACCAAAAGGCACGGAAAGCAUUGAUGGAUGCGAGGGCCCUUGUGCCAACAGAACCUGGGUCCCUGGUAGUAAAUUUCAAGGAGGAGCAUAUCCAUCAAUUGAUCAUUGCAGAGAAAAUGUGGAUUGAAAUUACAUUUGCGAUUGAUGAUUUCAAGAGGGAUACGUGGAAGAGGCUGGCAGAGUGUAGGACAGAAGAUAAUUUGCAUAUGGAACUCAUCGGCAUCUUGCUUGAGCUGGGAGUAGAGGAUAAUCCAAUCUGGGUGUGGCUAUUAAGUCGAUAUGAAUACCUAAAGAACAGGAUCACCACAGUAUUCGAGAGAUCACGGGUGGAGAUUGAAGUCCUCCGCCGAAAGGUAGCCUCCGCACCCCCGCCCUCCUCCAAGGCAAUUGCACACCAUCUCCGCUCUCCCACGCGGCGCAUCCAACCGGACCCCCAAAAACAACUCGAUACCUCACGUACCAUCUCUCUCUGGGAGCUUAUCCACAGCUCCCUAACAGCACUUCUUGACCCCACGACCGGUAUGCUCGGCGAGCUCCUCUCCUUCUGGAAAACCGCCCAAUCAUUCAUUGAUGGCGACACCCUUCUCCCUGUCGGGAUCGAUGACCAAUCACGCAAGCACCACCGCCUCGAAGACCUUAAUAUCCGGAUGCUCCGUGAAGGCACCGUCGAGAUUGUAGCCCUCAUCCGCGACUGUGUUAUAGCCUUUUUCCAAGAACCCCCUGUUGAUGACGUAUCAACAAUGUACUCCCCUGUCCCACCUACUCCCGUCAGCAGUACCUCCGAUGAAGCACCCCCGACCCCUCAGCUUCCACAAAUUCUCAAGGCAGCCGCGCCCCAGAAGAAGGAGGGCGAAGAGGGAUACGCAUUCUUCCCUCCAGGCGCCAACUCUCUCAGUGGUGUCCAUUUCAUGGGCAAGAUCAUGGUUCUCGUCGGCAAUGCUGCCAUUGCAAUGGCCGACAUGGCUGGAAAGCUUGGUAAAGAUGGUAUCGCUGACAAGCUCAAGGUCAUGGUAGCAGGCGGCCGUGAGCGCGCGGUGGUAGCUGUGUGUAGCUCCUGGCUCAAAGAUGCGCAGAAUUGCCGUGUCCUUGAGGACUGGACGCGGGCGGUAGAUAACCGUGAUGUGACGAAGAUGCCGGGAUUGUUUUCGGCGUGGGAGAGGGAGAUUAUUGGUGGGAUGCAAGGAAUGGUGUAUCUUGAUAAGGUCAAGAACUCAAAUAGCGCGGUGAUUCCUCCGCCGAGUACAAAACUUCUCACCCAUGUUAGGGGGCAGUUUGUCAGGUCGCUUUAUAAGAGCUUACAAGGGAUGGUGGAGAAUGCAAAGAAGCCUCUAGUAGAUGGUGAGGAAGUGCCGACAGAGGUUGACGAUGAGGGCGGGCUGGCGAGCCCGGUCACAAGUAUCAGCCCGGCGAAUCUGAUGGCGCAUAGUGUGGAUAGCAGUGAUAAGGACGUGCGCAUGUUGUUGACGUUGUCGAAUCUGCAGCUGCUGAGAGCAGAUAUCGUUCCGGAAUUAAUAUCAAUGUUCGAGCAGGCAUUCUCUGUAAAGCUCACUGACGAAUCCAAGACAAUCCGCGAUGCACUUGGCCAAAUUGAUGCCCAGCUCUUUGAUGAAUACACCAAGCCCAUCAUCGCAAACCUAACAAACAUCGUAACUACAGGCAUCCUAACUCCCAGUUGGUCACCACCACGCGGCUCCAUCGCAACUGAAGUACGCCCCUACAUCUACGACGCCCUUCUCACCCUUGUACACGUCCACUCGCAAGUAACCACUACAGCGCCCUCUCUUACACAACCAAUUCUAUCCCAUCUCCUGGAGCAGUUGUCCAAGGAGCUGCUAGAAGCAUUCAAACAGCGGAAAAGAUUCAAUCUCGGUGAGCUCCUGCAGGCAACGCUCGAUGUCGAGUUCGUCAACCAGACACUAAGUCAGUUCAAUACUGCGCGUGCCAAGGACUGGCAGCAGAAGAUCUACUUGGAGCUGGACCGCGGCAGUGAUGCUGAAGCGAGGCAGGGGCUUCAGGGUGAGCUGGCGGGCAUGAAGAGUAUCUUGAGUCAGUUGAGGAAGUACUCGAGGGCCGAGUUUCUAUGUUUCAGAGCCAAGAAGUCCAGCUCGCGGAGGCCUGAGGCCUAG